CCGCCACCCGCCCGCGUCGUGGGGCGUCGCAGGGCGUCCGCCGAGGCCGGCUCCGCACCCCGCCAUGUCGCGCCCCUGCCGGCCCAGGUACAAGAGCGGCGACCUGGUGUUCGCCAAGCUGAAGGGCUACGCCCACUGGCCCGCCCGCAUCGAGCACAUGGCCGAGGCCAACCGCUACCAGGUGUUCUUCUUCGGCACCCACGAGACGGCCCUGCUGGGCCCCAAGCACCUGUUCCCGUACGAGGAGUCCAAGGAGAGGUUCGGCAAGCCCAGCAAGAGGCGGGGCUUCAGCGCGGGGCUGUGGGAGAUCGAGAACAACCCCACCGUGCAGGCCGCCGACGGCGCCGACGCGCCCGGGCCGCGGCCGGACGCCGGCGGGGACGCGCCCGCGGGCCGCGGCGCCGCGCAGGCCGAGCGGGCGGCGCCCAAGAGGAGCGCGGGGGAGCCGCCCGAGGGCCCCCCGAAACGUCCCCGGGAGGCCGAGCCCGAGGCGGAGCCGCCGCCGCCGCCGCCGCCGCCGCCGGAGGAGGAGCAGGCCGAGGAGGAGGAGGAGGAGGCGGCCGCCGGGGAGGCCGCGCCGCCGCCCGUCGUGGAGCUGGAGACCCGCGGCGCCCCCGCCCCCGCCGCGGAGCCGGAGCCGGAGCCGGAGCCGGGCCCGGCGCAGGCGGCGCCCCCGGAGGGGCCGGAGCGGCCGGGAGAGGCCGCGGCCGCCGAGGCGCAGGCCCCGAGCGUCGCCGAGGGCGAGAGCCCGUAGUCACCAGUUUGUGAGAAGAGCCCCCGCCCCGUUCCUGCUGCGGCCUGCCUGUUACCUGGGGAAGCUGACCCCGGCCCGCGAACUGGGGCGCCCCCCCGCCCCACCUCCCUCCCUCCCCCUUCCUCCCCUCCUCGCCCGGCCCUGGGGGGCGACCUGGAGGGGCAGGCCGCCGGGCCCCCAGCUCCGUGCCCCCAGCACCCCUGUGAUCUGAGUGGGGGCUUCCAACCCCCUCCCCCCCUCCCCCCCAAUCCCGGGAUGAGCUGAGCCCACCGCGCCCCUCCCUGCCUGGAACUGUUUCCCAAGGCUUCAGUUGGGGCCUGGACGGCCGUUUCCUCCCCCAGGCACCCCUGUCUCCCUCCCCCCGCGCAUUCAGGACCUCCGCGUUGGAAUCUGGGGUAGGAGGGAAGGCGUGGAGGGUACAGAGCACAGGGGGGUGCGGGUGGGGGACUUCCUGGAAGGGGCCAUCCUCAAACUGGGGUGGCACCGGGUGGCCGUCUUCAGAGCGUCUGUCAGCCCCGCCCAUGCCUGUUCUCCCAGCCGCUCGGGUUCCCCCGAAGUGGGAGGCCCUCUCUCCCAUCUGGGUCUCCCUCUUGCUGACCCAGGGAGUGCUGGCGUUUGCGCUGUUUCACCAAAUAAUUUGAGAGCUUCCAGGUUGUUUGUCAGAUGGGGAGGGUCAGCUUGCCCCGCUCUUCGGAUGGGAGGGUGAGGAACGUGUGUCCCCGUCCAGACCUCUGGGGCCACUGGGAUGUUCUGGGGAGACCCCUGGCCACCCCCUUUCCGUCUCCCCGCGACCUCAAGGCCACCCUACAGCCAUCUGUGUCACUCAGGCAGAAAGCAAAAGGCACGUCGUGUAGGAAACCUAGUUUUUAAUGAAAAGAAGUUUUAAUUUUUCGAAAAUGAACUGCCCUGGCGAUGUCUUCAGUCAGCUUGCAGCUCUGCCGUUCACCCCAGUUCUGAGAUGGACUGGGAGCUUCCUUGUCCGCUGGGGGUCGCGUGACUUUCUUUUUGUAGUUAAGGCUUUGGUAUUCGUUCCUUGGCAGGUGCCAUUUUCCAUCCACAUCCCACAGUCUGCCACCUCUCUGCCCCCUCCCCCAGCACGGUCACCAGGCCUGAAAUGUAACUUCCUGAGAAGAGGGAGGGCCACACGCCCCCUCCCCGGCGUCUUCCUCAACUCCCCCUGGGUGCCUCCCUUCCUCUGUUGUCUUUCACCCCUGCCCUUCUCCCUUGGGCUCUGAUGCAAAAUUGUUGACUGAAGCUUUGGAAAUUGAGAGCUGAACUAUUUCAGUUCCAGGAAAUAAAACCCGUUGAUGACUUUAAA